AUGUAUCCCGUUGCCGAUCCGCCGCUCAAUUCAUCAACAGAACAGCCUCAACCUCUUUCCGGGCAUAUAUGGAUCGUCACUGGCCCAGCAGGCUGUGGAAAGAGCACGAUUGCCGAAUACCUAGCGGAUGAACUUCGCGUGCCAUAUAUAGAAGGCGAUGAAUUCCACCCCGAAGCCAACAUUAAGAAAAUGGCUGCAGGUAUUCCUCUGACGGACUCCGACCGCUGGGGCUGGCUAUCCACUCUUCGAAAUGAGGGCUUGUCGCAAUUGCAACGGCAGUCCAACCCAACUCUUCCCCGACAGAGCAGCAGAAGUGCCAUUCCAGACCCACGAAGUCGAGAACCUGAGCACGCCGUCGUGAUGACCUGCAGCGCCUUGAAACGCACAUACCGGGACAUUCUCCGCGGCGCACUGGACGUCAGGCCCAGCGACGACGCCUCUCGUCCAUCCGUCCCUCCAUUCUCCCGGACCAAUUCCAACCCUCCCGACCAACCCAAUGUCCACGUCCACUUCAUCUACCUUCGAGCCCCUGAAGAUGUCCUGUUAGCGAGAGUCGGCUCACGGAAGGGCCAUUACAUGAAGAAGAGCAUGGUGCGCAGCCAGUUCGCGUCGCUGGAGGAACCGAAGGCGGAGGAAGAGCCGGAUGUAGCGGUGUUGGAUGUCGGGGAGGGACAUGAUCCGACCGACGUUAAGAGUGCGGCGGUCGAGGUUGUCCGGAGUGCUUUGACUAGUUAA